UGCACACGUACAAGAUAAGCGUGUUCACUGGAGAUAUCUAUGGUGCUGGGACAGAUGCUAACGUCUUCCUAAAUAUCUAUGGAGAUUUGGGGGACACAGGAGAAAGAAAACUCAGCAAAUCUGAAACCAACUUCAACAAGUUUGAAAGAGGACAGGAGGAUACCUUUACUAUACAGGCUGUGGACCUUGGUAUUUUGUACAAGAUCAAGAUUCGUCACGACAAUAGCAUGUUCAGUCCUGACUGGUUCUUGGAAAAAGUAGAGAUCCUGGAUGAGACCACAGAGGAGUCGUUCAUUUUCCUGUGUGAGCGCUGGCUCUCCAAAAAGAAAGAGGACAAAAAGAUAGAGCGUACGCUUUAUGAGCAGAGCUAUGAUGGCGAGCGAAACAGCCUGGACGACUCGUCUCUCAGCCUGUCGAGUCAGGACAGCAAUGCAAACCUGAAGGAGAGGAAAAAAUCCAGCUUGGUCAAGGCAGCGGAAGAAGGGUCACUGGUCCCAUACCACAUCACCGUCACAACGGGCACAGAAUAUGACUCCAGCACCGACAGCCGCGUGUACAUCAUCAUCAUGGGUCCUCAGAAAGUGCAGACGGAGAGGCUGUGGCUGGAUCUCCCAGAAGGAAAAGACGAGUUUGCAGAUGGCUCCGUAGAGAAAUUCUCUGUUUGGGGCCUAGAUGUUGGAGAGAUCAAAAAAGUGGAGGUGGGGCACGAUGGUGCUACCCCCGAGAGCUGCUGGCUGGUGGAAGAGCUCACCAUCGUCGUGCCCACCAAAGGCGUCAUGUAUAAUUUUGUCUGUAAGUGCUGGCUGGCCAGAGACAAAGGCGAUGGACUGACCUCACGGAUCCUCAACAUCCUGGAUGCUGACUGUGUUAAUGUGGGCCUCAAGAUCCUCUACGAAGUCACAGUUGUGACUGGAGACAUCGAAAGUGGUGGUACCGACUCCAGUAUUUUCAUGACUGUCUUUGGAUCCAAUGGGAACACCGAGGAGAUGCAGCUGGAUAAAAAUGGAGACAGGUUUGAGCGAGGCCAAGAGGACAGUUUCAUUAUGGAGAUCGCCGAUAUCGCACCCCUCAGGAAGAUGAGGAUCCGGACUGAUGGGAAGGGGACUCGCCCGCACUGGUUCCUGGAACGGAUCGUCCUCAAGAACCUCACUAAUCAAGAAGUAGCCACAUUUACCUACGGUGAAUGGCUGUCUAAGCUGAAAAAUGCCAAGGGAAGUCUUGUGUGCGAGAUGCCAGCCGUGAUAGAUGAUGAGCAAAUGAUGGAGGACACGACAUACACCCUUCAGGUUAAAACCAGUGAUGUUGGAGGAGCAGGCACUGACGCCAACGUGUCCUUGAUCCUGUUUGGAGAGAACGGAGACAGCGGAACCCUGGCUCUGAAGGAGUCCAACAAGUCUAACAAGUUUGAGAGGAACCAGAUGGACGAAUUCAGCUUCUCGGACAUGCUGAGCCUGGGAGAUCUCUGUAAAGUGCGGAUCUGGCAUGACAACAAAG